AUGAAUGAAGAAGAUCUUUUAAAAAGAUCGGCCGAAGAGCGAGAAAAAAUAUUCAAAAGAUAUGAACAGGGUAGGGAAGGAGCCGAAAUUGAUCCAUGGGAAGAUCCCGGUUUCGAAGUAUACCACACAACUGAUAGGUAUGGAUUCAUACACGAUAAGAGGCUGCCAUCCAAAGUGGACCCGCAGGAAGCUAAAAGGCUUCAGAUCGAAGUAGAACGCCAAAAGAAAUGGUUAAAAAUGCUCAAAAAUUGGGAUAGCGCUACGAGCAAAGAAAAAUUACAUUCUAGAGUUUACAAAGGUAUACCAAAUUCCCUUAGAACCGAAGCUUGGUGUAAAUUAUUAGAGGUAGAUAAAUUAAAAAAACAGAAUAAAGGUAAAUAUGUCGAAAUGAUGAAAUUAGCUAGAAAACACUCGACCGACGCCCGACAAAUCGAUUCGGAUGUUAAUAGACAAUUUAGGGAACAUCUACAUUACCGCGAACGUUACAGCAUCAAACAACAAUCUCUAUUUAAUGUUUUAACAGCCUACGCUAUGUAUAAUUCCGAAGUGGGGUAUUGUCAAGGUAUGUCCGGAUUAGCUGGUGUUUUAUUGAUGUACAUGGACGAAGAAGACGCUUUUUGGGCCGUUCACAUAUUGUUAACUAAUCCUAAAUAUGCAAUGCAUGGUUUGUACAAGGAAGGUUUCCCAAAAUUAACUAGGUUUUUAGCUCAUCACGAUAAGAUAUUAAGUAAAUUAUUACCUAAGGUUAAAAAACAUUUCGAUAAACACGGCUUAGACGCAAUAUUAUACUCCUUGAAAUGGUUUUUUGUUUGUUUCAUUGAACGAGUACCGUUCAAUUUAUGUCUUCGAAUAUGGGAUAUUUAUCUAUUAGAUGGGGAGAAAGUGAUAACUGCGAUGGCUUAUACUAUACUCAAAUUACAUAAGAGACAAUUAUUGAAACUCUCAGAUAUGGAUUCCAUAGUAAAUUAUAUACAGGUGAAAAUUUACAAGGAUUUUCAAUACGACGAAGAUUCAGUUAUCAGACAUUUGGAAUCGUCCAUGGAGGAAUUGAAGAGGUACAAAUUGGACGUACCCGGUCCGCCUACUAAAGAAGAACUACCAGUAGGUCCGUUUGGGGUAUUUAAAGAAUCUACUUUUGAAGAAAUAGUCGGUAUAAGGAAGGAACAAUUUACUGAUAAAGAAAAACAAAUGAACGAGAUCGUUUUGUUGACCAGCGAAGCAGCCAAAGAAGCCGUUGAUAAAGAUAUGGAUUGUCAGAUGUCGGUUGCCGAUUCUGUUGGUUUUACAGGUUCGAAAUUUUCCUUCGAUCCGAGCAUGGACGACGCCAGUUCGCUAUUAGAUUGCGAACAUACCGGCUCGCGACGAUCGUUAGCCGAUACGAGCGUAACGUCCACCGCCGAUUUAUCGGUGUUUUCGACCAUAACUCGAUCGCAAGCGCACGAAAACAGCUUGGAUACGCAUAGCAACAUGUCGGAUAAUUCGGUUGGUGGAGCUAGUUCGAUCGGUUCGGGUAUAGGAGCGACGAGUAGUCUGCAGAGGGCCGUAUCGAGUCAUUCGACGCCUAGAGCUACGCCGAAGAAUCCGUCGCCGGACGUUUUGAGGAUUUACGUACCGUACACGCCGUUGGAUACGCCGAUUGCGAGUCCGCACAACGGCGAUUUGAUCAGGGGGGCGUGUACGUUUUUGGACGCCAAUAAAAUUCGAAUUAAAAUCGAUAACGACGAAUUGGCGACGCCGUUAGUCGAACACGGUCAAAUUAAGAAUUUUCGUAUUGAUAGUCCGGUUGAUUUGAAAUAAAAAUAAAUAUAUUUAUUUAUAUACAUAUAAAUGGUGAGUGAUUCUAUUAUUUUUUUUUUAUAAUUUUUGUUUAUAUUUUCGAAAUUAUUUAAAUUAAAAUAUUUUUUUGACGAUUAAAAUUCAAACAAAAAAAUCUCUCGAUUUUUUUGCUAUUUUUCCGAUUUUUUAUUAUCAAAAAUUCGGUUUUUUCCGAUUAUUUUAAAUCAGUUUUUCACCAAUUUUUUUUUCAAAAUAUUUUCGAAUUAUUUCUCAAUAAUUUAAAAAAAAAACGUUUUUUUAUUAGUAAUUUUCUAAUAAAAUUUUUUGAUCAUUGAAAGUAUAGAAAAAUAAUGAUUAAAUUCAUUUUUCUCAACAUUUUUGCUAUUUUUUUCGAUUUUUUAUUAUCAAAAAUUCGUUUUUUUUUUUCGAUUUUCUUGGAUCAGUUUUUCACCAAUUUUUUUAUUUUUUUCCGAUUUUUCUUUAUCAAAAAUUAGAGUUGAACAAUUUUUUUUCAAAAUUUAUUCGAACAAUUUCUCAUUAAUUGAAAAAACGUUUUUUUAUUAGUAAUUUUCUAAUAAAAUUUUUUGAUCAUUGAAAGUAUAGAAAAAUAAUGAUUAAAUUCAUUUUUCUCAACAUUUUUGCUAUUUUUCCCGAUUUUUUAUUAUCAAAAAUUCGUUUUUUUUUUUCGAUUUUCUUGGAUCAGUUUUUCACCAAUUUUUUUAUUUUUUUCCGAUUUUUCUUUAUCAAAAAUUAGAGUUGAACAAUUUUUUUUCAAAAUUUAUUCGAACAAUUUCUCAUUAAUUGAAAAAACGUUUUUUUAUUAGUAAUUUUCUAAUAAAAUUUUUUGAUCAUUGAAAGUAUAGAAAAAUAAUGAUUAAAUUCAUUUUUCUCAACAUUUUUGCUAUUUUUUUCGAUUUUUUAUUAUCAAAAAUUCGUUUUUUUUUCCGAUUUUCUUGGAUCAGUUUUUCACCAAUUUUUUUAUUUUUUUCCGAUUUUUCUUUAUCAAAAAUUAGAGUUGAACAAUUUUUUUUCAAAAUUUAUUCGAAC